GGUACGUUGGGCUCCAGGCUUAGAGACCCAGAUCUCAGGCCCUGCGUCCCCUCCCAGGUCCUCUGGGAGCCUGGGGGCCGGAAGCCGGGCUAGAGCCUGGCGGGGUGAAAGGUCAGCCGUGUGUCCCCCGCCUCCGGCCAGAGCCUCAGGUCCCGGACAGGGAAGGGUUACCUGGCGGCCCGCCCCCCCUCCGGCCCGCCCCCCUCCCGCGCUUGCUGGCAACUCCCGGUCCCGCGCCUGUUUGUGCUGGGGCGCAGGGGCUCCGGACGGCCCUGUCACCGCACCCCGGGAGCCCACCCCGGGAGAGUAAGCGGUCCGGUUCCACAGCGCCCUCUCCAAGUCCUGUCCCCACGCUCAACAGCGCCCCCGAGGGGUGGCACGACUCCCCUCCGCGCGCGCCCAAGUGCUUCCUUCCCCUCUCCCCAGCCAUGGCCCCCGCGGCUUAGAGCCUCCGACGCCGCCGCUCGGAGCAACGCGGGGGCCGGAUGGACGGGGCUGCGGGGCCCGGUGAGGGCCCUGCUCAUGAAACCCUGCAGACCCUGAGCCAGCGGCUUCGGGUGCAGGAAGAAGAGAUGGAACUGGUAAAGGCAGCCUUGGCAGAAGCCCUUCGCCUGCUGCGGCUGCAUGGCCCCAUCACAACCCUGCAGGGGUCUGGCAUAUCAGCUUCAACAAGGAACAGCAGCAUUACAGUCCCCCCAGGACUGCCACCUACAUGCAGCCCUUCCUUGGUGAGCCGAGGCACCCAAACAGAAGAAGAAUUGGAGACGGAGCCAUCCUCUGGACCCCCUGGCCUGAGCAAUGGGCCUCCAGCUCUUCAGGGGGGCGGUGAAGAGCCUAGUGGGACCCAGUCUGAAGGAGGGUGCAGCAGCAGCAGUGGGGCAGGCUCCCCUGGCCCCCCAGGAAUCCUCAGGCCUGUGCAGCCCCUUCAGCGUUCUGACACGCCCCGAAGAAAUUCCUCCUCUUCCUCAUCCCCCUCAGAGCGGCCCAGGCAGAAACUCUCCAGGAAGGCAGCUUCCUCAGCUAACCUGCUAUUGCGGUCAGGGAGCACAGAGAGCCGGGGGAACAAAGACCCCCUGUCCAGUCCUGGAGGUCCUGGAUCUCGGAGGAGCAAUUAUAACUUAGAAGGCAUUUCCGUGAAGAUGUUCCUUCGUGGCCGUCCUAUUACCAUGUACAUUCCAUCUGGCAUCCGAAGUCUUGAGGAGCUGCCCAGUGGCCCACCCCCGGAGACCCUGAGCCUUGACUGGGUUUAUGGGUACAGGGGUCGUGAUUCUCGCUCUAAUCUCUUUGUGCUGCGCUCUGGGGAGGUGGUCUACUUUAUUGCCUGUGUAGUGGUGCUGUACCGGCCUGGGGGAGGCCCAGGGGGUCCUGGAGGUGGCGGCCAGAGACAUUACCGGGGUCACACAGACUGCGUUCGAUGCCUUGCUGUUCACCCUGAUGGUGUCCGUGUAGCCUCAGGACAGACAGCUGGAGUGGACAAGGAUGGAAAGCCUCUGCAGCCUGUGGUCCACAUCUGGGACUCAGAAACACUCCUGAAACUGCAGGAGAUUGGACUGGGUGCCUUUGAGCGUGGUGUGGGGGCCUUGGCCUUUUCAGCAGCGGAUCAAGGUGCUUUUCUUUGUGUGGUGGAUGAUUCCAAUGAGCACAUGCUGUCAGUGUGGGACUGUAGCCGGGGAGUGAAGCUGGCUGAGAUCAAGAGUACAAAUGACUCAGUCCUCGCCGUUGGCUUCAGCCCUCGUGACAGCAGCUGUAUUGUCACCAGUGGAAAAUCUCAUGUCCAUUUUUGGAACUGGAGUGGUGGAACUGGGGUUCCUGGGAAUGGAAUCCUCGCCCGGAAGCAGGGUGUUUUUGGGAAAUACAAGAAACCCAAGUUUAUCCCUUGCUUUGUGUUUCUCCCUGAUGGAAAUAUUCUCACUGGAGACUCUGAGGGGAACAUUCUUACCUGGGGUCGAAGUGUCUCUGAUUCCAAGACCCCAGGCAGAGGUGGAGCCAAAGAGACCUACACAAUUGUGGCCCAGGCCCAUGCUCAUGAGGGGUCCAUCUUUGCUCUGUGUCUCCGACGGGAUGGGACAGUGCUGAGUGGUGGUGGACGGGACCGACGGCUGGUACAGUGGGGGCCUGGGUUGGUGGCCCUCCAGGAGGCUGAGAUUCCAGAACACUUUGGAGCUGUGAGGGCCAUUGCUGAAGGGCUUGGCUCUGAGCUGCUGGUGGGAACCACAAAGAACGCAUUACUGAGGGGAGAUCUGGCUCAGGGCUUCUCCCCUGUUAUCCAGGGCCACACUGAUGAGCUCUGGGGACUGUGUACACAUCCCUCCCAGAACCGCUUCCUCACCUGUGGCCAUGACCGGCAGCUCUGCCUGUGGGAUGGGGAAGGCCACGCACUGGCCUGGAGCAUGGACCUAAAGGAGACGGGUCUAUGUGCUGACUUCCACCCAAGUGGGGCAGUGGUGGUUGUAGGACUGAACACUGGGAGGUGGUUGGUUUUGGACACAGAGACCAGAGAGAUUGUGUCUGAUGUCACUGAUGGCAAUGAACAGCUCUCAGUUGUCCGGUACAGCCCAGAUGGGUUGUACCUGGCUAUUGGUUCCCAUGACAACAUGAUCUACAUCUAUAGUGUUUCCAGUUGUGGCACUAAGUCCAGCCGCUUUGGCAGAUGUGUGGGGCACUCCAGUUUUAUCACUCACCUUGACUGGUCCAAGGAUGGGAAUUUCAUCAUGUCCAAUUCUGGGGAUUAUGAGAUUCUUUACUGGGAUGUGGCUGGAGGCUGCAAACUGCUAAGGAAUCGCUAUGAGAGCAGAGACCGGGAGUGGGCUACCUAUACCUGUGUGCUGGGCUUCCACGUCUAUGGUGUGUGGCCUGAUGGCUCAGAUGGGACAGACAUCAACUCCCUUUGCCGCUCCCACAAUGAACGGGUGGUGGCUGUGGCAGACGACUUCUGCAAAGUACACCUCUUUCAGUACCCAUGCGCUCGAGCCAAGGCGCCAAGUCGUAUGUACUCAGGCCAUGGCAGCCACGUGACUAGUGUCCGGUUCACACACGACGACUCAUACCUUGUCUCCUUAGGUGGCAAGGAUGCUAGCAUCUUUCAGUGGAGAGUGCUGGGGGCAGGAGGCUCUGGGCCCGCUCCUGCCACACCAUCUAGAACUCCCUCUCUGUCCCCUGCCUCCUCCCUGGACGUGUGAUUGAUGCUGGAUUAUCUUGUCCCUCUGGUACUGUGGUCUGGCCACACAACCCCUAGGACCAAUGACAGUCUUUACCUGGGCUGGCUUUUUCUUUGACUUAAUACAUUCCCAAUUGCGUAUUUUCCUGGAAGGGCCAACACCCCAUUGCACACAUGAUAACAGACUUGCUUGCUGAGCCGGGCAACCCAGCUCCGACGCCUUCUGCCCGGUGAGGGGCAAUAAAAAGAAAAAAGU